AUGGCUCGCGCAAGCACGUCUGGCGGCGACAAGGCGGCGGAGUUGAGAAAAGGGUCGUGGACAGCGGAGGAGGACGAUCUUCUCGUUAAGUGCAUCGCGGAACACGGCGACGGCAACUGGAGCACCAUUCCCAGAAAAGCCGGGUUGCAGCGGUGCGGCAAGAGCUGUCGCCUGCGGUGGACCAACUACCUGCGGCCCGACCCGAAGCGAGGCGCGUUCUCGCGUGACGAGGAGGAUCUCGUGGUGAGCCUGCACCGUCAAAUGGGCAACCGUUGGGCGAAGAUCGCGCUCGAGAUGCCGGGGCGCACGGACAACGACAUUAAGAACCAUUGGAACACGCGAUUAAAGCGGCGACUGAGGGACCUCGGCGUCGAUCCCGACUCGCACCUCCCGCUGCCCUCCGCGCCGCCCAUGCUCGCCCCCUGUAGCCUCCUCGCUGCCGCGCUGGGGGAACAUCCGCGGAAGGGAGUCUCCGCGGGGUUUGUAGAAGCGGCGCAAAGCGCAGAUGGCCCACUGUCAAAACGUCGCCGCGUGGAUGAGGCGACACACGACGCAGGUUUCGCGUCGCCCACCAGUUCCUCCUCUCGGCUCCUUCCUUCCCUCCAUGCCCCCGCUGCUCCCCGUGCCGCUCCCCGCGCUGCACCUCCCGGUGCCCCUCCCUCGCCGUGUAGCCUUCCCCCUUCCGCCGUCACGUCGCUUUCCACGCCAGCGGGAGAAUCUUCCCCCGAUACUCCCUCCGCCGACGAUAGCCCUUCCGCCUCUUCCACUUCCCCCUGCGACAGCCCUUCCGCCCACUUCCCGGCCAGCCCGCCACUGCCUUCUGAGGCCCUUGCGCCUGCUCCCUUGGUCGUGUCCGCGCGCACAUCGCCGGGGGUAGUUGCGGAAGCGGAGGCAAAAUGGCGCAACCUGCGCCUAGGCCGCGUAUGGCGGGAGGGGCCUGGCGUUGGCGAGGAAGACCAAGCUGGUGGCAGCAGAGGCGGGGGACGGGCGGGGGGCUGGCAGAAUGAAGAGAGAGCGGAGAUGAGUGCGGUGACGGGACAAGCGGGCAAGAAGGAGGUUGGCAGCAUCAACACAUGCACCACACCCACUGCAAACACUGGAGUCUCUCAAAGUGUUGUGACAAUGCACCCCCCUGCGUGCUUUGAAGCUGGCCUGCCGCGGACGCAUUUGGGAUAUCAGGCUGCCUUGAUGCGGCUCACUGCGACUGGCAUUGCAGGGCGAGUGAGAACAGGGUUCAGGAUGCCCCCUCGCCUCGUCAUCCCUUGCCUUCCAGGGGACACUGAGGCAGAUGCCACUGCCAGUGCUGCAACUGGGGUGGACAUUCCUGCAGCGCUGGGUGCGGGUGAAGGGAGCAACCUGGCAGGUGCAACGAAUGACAGCACCAUGGCGUCUGGAAGAUUGCCCAGCCCCCUCGUGCUCAUUGACAGGUUGGUUCCUCGCUUGGCCCUUCUGCUCUGCCGCCCUGUCUAA